AUGGAGCCUGACCUCUUGAUUCAUUGUUGGCAAGCUCGAGAUGUGAUGGCUGCGGACCUUUUGGCAGAUCAGUCGGAGCCAGGCGAUGAUUCGAGAGACACGACAGCAUGGCUGUGGAAGACAGAAUCCCGAAGAAAUCUGCCGAUAACAUUUGGUAUGAAGAUUUCGGGGAACCGGAAAAAAAUCAUUCAAGGCUUUAUUAGCGACGUUGAUACCCACAGAGCAAUCUCGAGACGCUGCACUUCUGCGUCCCCAUUGCCGUCUCAUUCGAUUGGGGUAGAAGGACAAGGGUUCAAUCCUUUGGUACUUGAAGACCCAAUGUCGUCGGGAAGAAACUCUUGGAGACGAACACUCCUCGGACUUUCCGCGGGUCUCUUGGUAUUUGAUACUCAAUCUGUCGUGGGACUCAGAAUCUUCUUGCUUACUACUCGCACUUCAUGUGGAACGGCGCCUGCUCUCCAGAACUUCGCUCAACUGAUUUGCAGCCGGGGUGCCAAAGGGUGCAAGAAUCUUGCCGACCUCAUUCUUGCCUCUUCCCAUAUGCUGAAACGUCGGAUUGACCGGCGCUCGCACGAGGAGUGGAACAGGAUUCAGAGAAUGGGUGGGCAGCACUGGAGAGAGAAGAGACUAUCCGUAAGAACAAUCAUAGCAUGUAUGGAUGAUGUGGUGGAACACGGUAUGGCCUGGAAUGUUCUUCACCGCAGCCCAGGCCAAUAUCCUCGCCCUCAACCAAGCGAAGCCAGCAGUAUCCGGUGUGCCACAUGCCCCUUCCUCUUUUGUGAUCUUCCUCCAUUCAUCUUGCGUCACUUGCUCGAAGGCGUGUCGUUCACCGAUGCGGAGUUUAUCCUGCGAGAUCGACCAGGGAGCGGCAGUCAUGAAUGGCAGUCAUGGCGACUCGACAGAGCGACAGACCUUGGAAAGGUCGCUGGAGAAGACUCCUUGCUCGCACCUGGAUGUGGAUUUCAAGUGCUGGUUAUUUGUCGUAAUGGCCGAGUCAAGUCGACGAUGGGGGCCGGGAAUUCAUCAAGGCACACACUCUCCAAUUGUAACGAGUCGGAAGUGAUACUGGAAUCGCGUCAUAGCAGUCUGUCGCCAGAAUGGGAUCUCGUUCCCGUCCAGCUUCAGGACGUGCCAGUGAACGGCCAUGGCCAUGAUUCAGUUCGCAUGGCGGCUGCCCAACACUUGCACGAGCUGCGAAGUAAAAGGCAUCUGCAUAUGCACAAUCGUCCUUCAAUGCAUCAGCCAAAGACUCGUAGGCACGUCUUUACCAACCUUCAGAUUGUAGAGCUCCCGACCGUUACUGUCCAGGUCCACUGCCGUUGGUGUGGCUGGAUGAGGACAUGUCAACUUCAGCAUGAGCCGCGACAAGUUGCUCACUUCCCGAGUGGACAGCAGCGGAAUCCUGAGCAACCACAGCGACUAGUGGCCAUGAGAACAUUCCGUUCGCGGACAUCUCCGUACUGGAUCUUCUAA